AAUCACUUUCAUUACAGCCUUCAUAGGAAGGGCAGUUGGUGCCUUUGAUGCGCCUAUAUAUACCAGCCGAUUCCUUGUACAUUUGCAACUUACUUGUACCACUGCAACUAAUACUUUUGAACAAGUGUAUACAACUCAAAUCAAUCAUGGUAGCAAGAGACAUGGAACAAAAGGUGGAUACUACGGUUAAAAGAGCUUCGAGAUCUCCCUACGUGAAACCUCCGUUCACUUUAAGUGAUGUUAAGAAAGCAGUUCCGCCUCACUGUUUUGAGCGUUCGGCAAUUCGGUCUUUGUCGUACCUUGUCUUCGAUGUCAUCAUCUUAUUCUCUCUUUACCACAUCGCCGCAAACUAUAUCUUGAAAUCCGAAUUAGUACAGUCUUCUAAAUUGUAUCUUGUUACUUCUGGGAUUGUUUAUGCGCUGCUUCAGGGCUGUAUCUUGGCCCGAUUUUGGGUCAUAGGUCAUGAAUGCGGACACAAUGCUUUCAGCAAAUACCAGUGGCUCGACGACACAGUUGGAUUUAUAACACACUCGGUAGUCUUGUUUCCUUACUUUUCGUUUAAGUACAGCCACCAUCGGCACCACUCGAGAACUGGAUCGCUCGAGGAAGAAGAAUUUGAUAUCCCACUGCUCAAGUCCCAAGUUCCCUUUCUUUUCCGACACCUCAAAAAUCCAGUAGCGAGAGUCUUGGUUGUUGGUGCUGUUCUAGCUGUUGCAGUGCCUCUAUACCUUCUUGUCAACUUCCGUGGUCGAGUUUAUGAUCGAUUCGCCUCCCAUUUUGAUCCGUAUAGCCCAAUGUUUUCGCGUAAGCAACGCGCUCUAGUCCUGCUCUCUGAUGCUGGAUGUUUGGCCGUGAUCUUUGCACUAUACAAACUUGCUUUGCUAAAAGGAUUCGCAUGGGUCGCUUUCAUCUACGGAGGACCAUACCUAUUCACAAAUGCCAUGCUUAUUAUAGUGGCCGUACUUCAACACACGAACCCUCUCGUACCUUACUAUGAUCACUCCGAGUGGGAAUGGCUAAAGGGCUCUAUGGCUACCAUUGACAGAGAUUUCGGAUUCCUCAACACGGUGUUUCAUCAGCAGCCGAAUACUCACGUAGCUCACCAUCUCUUCCCGAAGAUGCCGCAUUACCAUGCAGUGGAAGCCACCAAAGCAUUUAAGCCAAUAUUGGGCGAGUACUAUCAGUAUGAUUUCACCCCAUUCUACAAGUCACUGUGGAAUACCAUAAACGAUUGUGUCUACGUUGAGGAAGAUACGCAGAACAAAGGAAUAUACUGGUAUAACAACAAGUUUUAAGUUGAAUUAUCAAGUGUAUGGUGUUUGAGCUUCUUGACUAGCAAAAAAUAAAAACCAGAGAGUAAAGUCGGCCUGGAAGCUUGUCCCAUAAAUAGCUGCUUCUUUUUUGAAGCUUUUACUUGCACUGUAUUGUGAUUUGUUUUACAGUUAUAUUCAUUGAUGCUAUUUUUAGACACUAAAGUAGCUAGCUUUAAUUUGUAUAUUAGUAUAAUAAAUUAUUGCAAUAAUCAAAGAAUUUGGAGAUGUGUUAAAGUUCAA